UGAAGACCAGGGAUGCGAGGCCAUGGAGGUCUUUGAUGAGCUGGUCGAGUGCGAGGUCUCCAUCAUCGUACCCCAUCUCAAAAGUGUCCUCGAGUUUUGCUGUCAACCAGUAACGGAAGCCUUGGCAACAACGCCCGCGUCAAGGCCCUGUCUUUCAUCAGCUGGUUAACAAAGUUAAAAAAGAAGACUAUCUUGAAGAACAAACUGGUGAUGCCUAUUUUGAACAUUCUUUUCCCGAUCAUGUGUGCGCCCUCUUCGCGGGAAGAGGAAGAGGAAGAAGAGGAUGACAAUGGGGAGGAGGUAGAGUCUUCUUCACCAUCAUCAUAUGCUGCACAGGUCUUAGACACCAUGGCAUUGCACCUCCCGCCAGAUAAGCUAGUCCCCCACCUGCUGCAGCUGGUACAGCCCGCCCUGGAGAGUGAAGACCCGUAUCAGAAAAAGGCUGGACUGGUGAGUCUAGCUGUCCUGGCAGAGGGAUGUGCAGAUUAUGUUUGUAAAAAGCACCUUGAACAGUUCCUAGAAAGCAUCUGUAAUGGCAUCCGUGACCCCCGACCUGUCGUCUACAACGCAGGCCUGUUUGCACUAGGUCAAUUCUCAGAGCAUCUCCAGCCGGAGAUAUCGCGCUACCACAACCAGCUCCUCCCUCUUCUCUUCGGUUAUCUCGCUCUGACGACUUCCCAGAAUGCCGAGCAGAGGCCCAAGGGCAUCACCAGGAUAUACUACGCACUAGAGAUGUUCUGUGAGAAUCUAGGCACAGAACUUGUUCCCUAUUUACCUACCCUAAUGGGGCACCUACUAACAAUGCUGCAGAACGCACAAGAUGUCCACAUCACUGAAUUAGCCAUCAGUGCUAUUGGUGCUGCUGGGAAUGCUGCGUCUGAACACAUGCUGCCCUUCUUCCAUCCCAUCAUGGAGCAGCUGAAGCAUUACCUAACCAAUGUCCACUCUGGAGACUCACUCAUCCUACAGAUACAAUCAAUAGACACCUUGGGUGUUCUAGCAAGGAAGAUUGGUAAAGAGAACUUCAUGCCCUUAACAGAGGAGUGUAUUCUACUUGGUCUAAAACUCAUCGAUGAGGUCAACGACCCUGAUCUUAGAAGAUGCACGUAUAAUCUGUUUGCGUCCAUCGCAUCGGUCCUAGAAGAGAGCAUGUCCAACCAUCUCCCUGCUAUCACCCAACUCAUGUUAGACUCGUUAAGAUCUACAGAUGGUGUCGUGCCUCACUUUGAUGAGGAAGAGAGUCGAGUGCAGAGUCUGUUUGAUGAUGUCAACGGUAACGGUACAGAUGGUGGUGAAGAUGUCUCCGAUACAGAGGAUGAAGAUGAGGAUGAUGAUGAGAUUCAAGGGUACAACGUAGAAAAUUCUUACUUGGAAGAGAAGGAAGAUACCUGUAACGCUAUGGCAGAGGUAGCCCUGCACACAAAGGCAGCCUUUCUCCCAUACAUUGAGGAAUGCUACAAUGAGGUGUAUCGUCUGAUGGACUACCCAGCCCCUGGCAUACGCAAGGCAGCUACGGUGUGUUCAGGGCAGCUAUGCUGUACGCUAGGCCAGUGUGGAAACAUGACGGUGUCAUCACAAUCGGAUGUGUUAUCCGAGAUGUUGGAGCAGGUGGUACCUCACUUUGUGGAGAACAUUGACUCUGACAGCGAGAGGUCUGUUGUCAUAACAACGCUGGAAGGGAUGAAGGAGCUUUUGGAAGCCAUCGGUCCAGAGGUCGUCAAACACGCAGAGUUCUUCAAUGCAAUCACAGGGACUAUCAAGAAUGUUCUACAACAGAAGACUGCCUGCCAGGAUGAAGAUGAGGAAGAGGAGGAGGAUGAUGAGGGUGAGCAGGCAGAGAAGGAUGCCAUCCUGGUGGAAUGCGCAGGUGAUCUCAUCCCAACCAUCAUCAAGGCACUGGACGGCAAGCAGGACGUGGCGGUUUCCCUGGUUACAGAGAUGCUUCCUCUACUGGUUUCCAGAACGAAAAAGAACUGUCCUGCGUCGGACAAGUCCUUUGCCUCUGGCAUCCUUGCUGAGACGGUCUGUGCUCUGAAGGGUGGAAUUGUUCCCUUUGCUGAAACCUUCUUGACCAUCUUCACUCUCUUGACCCAGGAUGGUGAUGAGGAGGUCAGAAGUAAUGCUGUCUUUGGUCUAGGUGUCCUGGCGGAGCAUGGCAGUGACACUAUUUACCAACAUUUCCCGAGCAUUCUUCAGAUCUUAUCAGGAGUGAUGGGUAGAGAAUCCAAUGGGCGUGUCAUUGAUAAUGUCUGUGCCAGUGUGUGUCGUCUCAUCACUGGCAACCCUACCCUAGUUCCUGUAGACCAGUUGGUGACGACUCUUCUGAAGUACCUUCCACUCCGGGAGGAUAUGGAAGAGAACUCUACAGUCUACUCCUGCCUUGGCAAACUCUACGAAGCCGGCCAGGUCACUCUUACCCAAUCCCUCCCACAACUCAUCAACAUCUAUGCACAGGCACUUACUACACAAGAACUUAAUGAUGAAGUCAAGCUGACGAUGGUCCACACCCUACAAAUAGCAAAGGGCAAGCAACCCGAUGAGUUCAGUUCCAGCGUUUCCACCCUCCCACCGGAAGUGGUCAAUCUCCUAAGUAACCUUCUCAUGCAAGGAACAUAGGGUCAAAUUCUUGACAUACAUCGAGGGGUCAGUGACACAGAAGACGUAACUCCAUUUUGGCCAUUUUGAGAAAAAGUGGUUUAUGUGUCACU